AUGGAAGCCCACAUAGAACCUCUUCGCCCUCGAAGCGUGGAAGCAUUCCUCGGCAUUCCUUAUGCCAUCCCUCCUGUGGGAGACAGACGGUUCCGGCCAACCCAGCUAUUACCGCCCUCUCCAGAUAGCGUCACCGACGCGUCCAAGUUUGGCCCGGCCGCGCCAGGCAAGCAGCUGAUCCCAGGCGGGCCCAAGCUGGUCUACAGUGAGGACUGCCUCACGGUCAACGUCUUUCGUCAGGCCGGUAGUGUCUCCUCUGGCGAUGACAAAUUGCUGCCUGUCGCCCUGUACGUACACGGCGGCGCCUUCAACCGCGGAACAUCCUGCCAGCACAACACAAGCUCCAUGGUGGCCUGGUCAGAGGAGCCGUUUGUGGCUGUCUCAUUCAAUUACCGAAUUGGCGCGCUGGGUUUUCUGCCGAGCGGGCUGAGCGCCAAAGAGGGUGUACUCAAUCUGGGGUUAAAAGACCAGGCUCUGCUGUUUGAGUGGGUUCAGGAGAACAUCAAGGCAUUUGGCGGUGAUCCAGACAAUGUGACACUGUUUGGUCUCUCUGCUGGUGCGCACUCGAUUGGACAUCAUCUCAUGCACUUCAAGGAGGGUGUGAAGCCUCUGUUCAACCGGGUCAUUAUAGAGUCUGGGGCGUCAACGUCGAGGGCAGUCCGUCCUUAUGACGCCCCCGUUCAUGAGACACAGUUCAAGGACUUUUUAUCUGCAGUAGGCGUCCCUGCCGACCUGCCCGAGGACGAGAUCUUCUCGUUCCUCAGAUCCCUGCCCAGCGAGGUGGUCCAGGACGCUCAGAUCUCCGUUUUCGACAAGUACAAUCCCAGCCUACAAUGGGCAUUCCAGCCCGUCAUUGACGGCGAGGUGAUCCCGUGCCCGCCCCUUGACACGUGGCGCCAGGGUAAAUGGCACAAGGUUCCCAUUAUGACGGGCUUCCAGAGGAACGAGGGCUCUCUGUACGUGGAUAAAGCGAUGAGCCAGUCCCACGAGUUUGUGGAUUUCUUUCGCACGCUGCUCCCGCUGCUAUCGGAGGAGGACCUGCAGACCAUCGACGCCCUCUAUCCGGACCCUGCCACCGUGCCAGACUCCCCAUACAAGGAGGAGAGGGAUGGCGUAGGGGCACAGUAUAAGCGCAUCGAGGCGGCCUACGGGCAUUAUGCCUAUGUCGCUCCUGUGAGACAGACGGCUGAGUGGGCGGCUGACGAUGUACCCGUCUUUCUGUACCAGUGGGCAGCCAUCUCGACCGUCCUAAACGGAGCGCAGCAUGGAGACAACAUGCGAUAUGAGGUGUGUGAUCCCAAAGUCAUGGGCAUCUCGGAGAACCAGGCACAAUUGGCACGGACGAUCAACUCGUAUGUGACCAACUUUAUCACCAAGGGAGACCCCAAUGCCGGAAGUGGUGAUGAUACAAUUUCUAAGCCAGUCUGGCAUAGAUAUCACAAGGAGGCGCCCAAGGCAUUGGUGUUUGGCCUGGGCAAUAAGGAGCUGAUAGGAGGCGAUCUGGGCAAGGCAGCGACCUGCGCGGAGGACUCGUGGGGCAGAAAAGAGAGCGAGUUCUGGUGGAGUAAGACCGAUUUGUCACAGCAAUAA